AUGUUCGGCGCACUAAACCGCUUCAUUGGCCGAUUGGACGGGGAGCCUGGUCAACAGCCUCGGUCUGGUCCCGGCGACAACGCGUUUGGCUUCCAAGUCCUCCGCAAUAAAGACCCAGAGUUGCCUCUGGAGCCGUGGUUUGACUUUAUUGUGGGAAUCAACGGGCAUACAAUUACCCAGGAAGACCCAGACCCAAAUCUCUUUGCGACAGAGUGUCGGAAUUGCGCCGGCGGAAGCUUGACGCUUGAAGUAUGGAGCGCAAAGGGUCAACGAACACACACUGUCACUCAUCCCGUACCACCAACGAACCCCUCGCUUGGCCUCGCAUUACAACUUGCUCCUCUUUCAUCUACACAAAACAUUUGGCAUGUCACUGCAGUUCCAUCGCCCCUCAGCCCCGCAUACAAAGCUGGUUUGCUUCCAUACUCAGACUAUAUCAUUGGAACACCCAGCGGGACAUUAAGAGGGGAGGCGGCACUUGGAGAGCUAGUUGAAGAUCACCUAGGCCGUACGCUGGUUCUGUGGGUUUACAACAGCGAAUCCGAUGUGGUUCGAGAAGUCAAGCUUAUUCCUACAAGGGGCUGGGGCGGCGAAGGUGCUCUCGGUGCAGAACUAGGAUACGGUGCUUUGCACCGACUGCCCCUUGGACUCGGGGAAGAAGUGGAGGGUCCAGGAGAGGUUGUUUUCGAAACACGUGAAGAUGAAGGUGCCUCAAGCGCUGCUCCAGGAAUACCAGCCUUGUCCGGUAACUACUUAGUUCCCGCCAACCUCACAUCACCUCCUCCUCUAGCUAGUCAAGGACGAGUUGCUUCUCCGUCACAGAAUAGGUCUCCUGCAGGCCGUCGAGCAGGCAGAUCACGACCAGGAGCCUCCCCCAACAGGGCCUUUGAUGAUUACUUUGCCGAGGGCGAAGAGAAAAGUCGAGCACAAGACUAUGCACCGUCACGGCAUGGCACUCCUCUACCUCCCCCGCCUAAAGCAGGAGUCUUGCCGUCUCAUUCGGAAUGUCCUGCGCCUCCAUCUGUUGCACCAGAGGAGCCUCAGGGGCCUGCACAGGAAGAAUGA